AUGUUAUCCCAUUUCAUAGCAUUUUCUCAGUCAUAUACUCUUAGUAGCACAUUUCAAACCCAUCAGCCCGAUUUCAAUUACAAUCCACAACUCGAUUUCUCGAUUUCAGAUAGAAUAAACACACAGGCUAACUUUCAAGCAUCAACAAUAUCUGGACUAUCGAAAUCUACUCGCACUUACUUCAGAAGUGUCAUCAAAACUAAAGAUUCUACAUUCAAAGAUUGUUACGCGUUCGGAGUUGGCUUAACCAUGGGUUCUGGUGGCGCCUUCUAUCUUUCAGUUAGUAAUUUAGAUGCAGAGAAUACCGUAUUUGAGUCAAACAACGCUUUAAACGGCGGAGCUCUUUCAUUAAUGGCAGGAAACUUAUUAGUAAGCACUUCAACAUUUAAAAACAAUCUUGCUUAUGAAAACGGAGGCUCCAUUUACGUGACAUCAAGUAAAUAUGGACUUUUUACAGAAAUUGACGAAAAUAUCGAUAAUGCAGUUAAAUUUGAGAACCAGCCAUCAGUAUACAUAUCAGAUAAUACUAAAUUUACCUCAAACUCCGCAAAUAACUACGGAGGAGCUCUCUAUUCCCGUUCUGUCAAAGAAAUGAUAAUUAAAAGCUGCAUUUUUGAGCAAAACCAAGUUCAAUUAGCAGGAUCCGCUAUAUUCCUUAAUUCCACACCAUCAAAUAUCAAUGACAACCAGUUUAAUUCCAAUAUUUGCAAAUUUAAACAAAUUCAAGCGGGAUCAUCAUCAAUUUUCAAGCAAAAAAUGUUCAAAACAUCAACACAAGCUAAUGGUGGUGCAAUAUGUAUAUAUUCUGACUCAAAAUCUACAGGAAUUUUAACAAAUCAAAAUAAAUUUGACAAAAAUGCAGUUAGUGGGACAUAUUCAUACCUAAUGGAUGUACCAGCAGACAUAUCAUUCGCAGGUAAUGCUGAAAUCCAAUGGAUUUCAUCAGGAGAAUGCCAUAUGAAUUAUAAUUUAGAUUAUCCUCAUUUAAUCACUUCAAUUAAGUUCCUUGAUUGUUAUUCUUUAUCACCAUUCACCAAUAUCACAGAGAAAGGCCUUGGAACUCCUUCAUCCUCUAACCAAAAUUUUGAAAAUCAAAAUUACGACGAUAGAACCUCAUUUACGCCCAAUUCUCUUCCUAGCACUCCAUCUCCAAACCCUGAAGAGAAUCCAGUCGUUAUUUAG